GAAAUGGGGCAAUGGGGAUGUAAAUGAUUUACCUGCUUAACAUGUGAUUUAUAACUGUUGAAUAUAGCCCAAAAAAGGUUACCGCAAUCGUUUUGGAUCGGCGAUCAAGGAAGUUAUUUCUUGUGGUUUAUGUUAUCAAAUUGUACCAUAUAUUUCAAAGAUGGCAGGGUUGAUUUUAAUUGUGUUGGUAUUACCGUUAACAGUUUCAUCACAAGAUGAUCCAUGUAACAGCUACAGAAUGUUAUCCGAUGAUGGUGGACGAAGUAUUAAUUGUUCACUGUAUUAUUCUGAGUCCCAUGAUAGAUUUAUAGCUGAAGGAUGGAGAAGAGUCCAACUAGAGUCAACAGGAGAGGAUCUUACUAUGCCUACCGAGUGUGUUCCUCAUGGAUUUUGUGGCUCUCAUAGCAAUGUCUGGUUGAAUGGUACCCAUCCUACAGUAGAAGAUGGUAUAGUUGAUAGAAUGGGAUGUUUAAGUAUGUUUUCAUCCUGCUGUAAGGUCGAGUAUCCGAUACAGAUUAAGAACUGCACGGACUAUAUGGUGUAUAACUUGAUGAGAACGUUUGGUAGUGAUGAGCGUUAUUGCUUCGGUGACUCUACUUAUUGCUACCAAACAUCGCGUCCAACUACUGUAUCUUCAACUACCAAGAAGUAUGAAAGUCUCUCAACUGCAAUUGUGGAUAAUGAUGCCAACCACGAGAAGUCAAGCCCCACAGAUCCCUACAAUCAUCCAGGCAAUCAGAGACCAACCAAUGGUCAUGGAAAACAUGGUUUUGUCCAAGAUCUGCGACAUUAUAAAACAGAUGAACUAGUUUUGAUUCUUGGAGUGUGUUUAUCCGUUACAAUCGCCUUACUGAUUAUUCUUGUAUUCGGUAUAUUCUUGUACUUGAGACAAAGAAAAAUUGGACCAAAGUACGACAUGAAUACCAAACCAACCAAGGCGUGAUUACUCAAAGAUGUUGUUCUGAGUUUCUUACAUAUCAAUAUUUUAUAUUUUGUAUAUUUCUAACAUAACUUUUUAAACAGACUCACCAGUCUCUGUAGACACUGCAGAUCAAUCACAAAAUAACUUGUUGACUUAGCUAAGUAACUGUUACUAAUUAUGGCAUUGGUUAAGCAUUUCAUCAAAGACAUCUAAUAACGAUCAAAACGAAAUCAACAUUUUGCGAAACAUUGGUAGUAGCUUCCUCACAUGAGGAAGUAUAUCAAUCUUAAGUGAGUAUGUUUUCUUAAUAAGCCUAUCCUGCCUGGCGCCACAUCCGCCAUAGCUACUCAACAAACACAACAAACAAUACAAAUACAAAUUUAGUAACGUGCCACCUAAAAACUAGCGACCAUAUCCUGCAUCGAUCGACACCUGUCAUUGAAAAACAAAACUUAGUGUUAUGUAAAAGUGGAUAUAUUUGAUUAUAUUUCUGUGUUAAUGAUAUAUUAUACAAUAUAUGUAUUUGUGAUAAUAGUAAUAAACAAAAGUUUUUAUGUAUUCUAGUACGGAAGGAAAAUAAAUUUGUAAUUUUCAGGAAAAACGGGAAAAGAAGGAAACCCUUCUGAUAUCUGAUAAGGUUCUCUCUUCGUCGCUUACGUCCUAAAGUGUUACAUAUUUCUACCAUGUUUCACUUAUGUAGCUCGUUUCAGCAAUUUUCACGUUAUGUUGUUUAUAUAUGAACACACUGAAGAAAUCGUUAUGAUCAUUUAAAAUUCACCACCCAGAACCGACGCUAUUUAAAUAAAGUGAAUCCCUGAGAAUCUUACAAAUUU